CCGCUUUUAAAAUUUUGACAAACAACGGCCCCGGCACUGACAGCCAUGUUUUGGCUGGCUUUGAUUGUGCCCGUGGCAUUGCUUAUGCUCCUUCGGCUAUUUGCUGCCGACGUCUACGAUGCUGUGAUUGUGUGGAUGACUGCGCGGUGGUACCAGGCUGUUUUCCAAAGACUCGAACGAGGAGAUCGAAUCCUUGAUGUGGGAAUUGGAACUGCCACCGCCUUGGUCAAAAACAAGGCGGAGCUUCUGCAGCGGCGCUUGUCGGUAAUUGGGAUCGAUUACGAGGCUGCCUAUGUCCGAAAGGCCGAGGCUGUGCUCAAAAUGGCAGAUCUCUGGUGUCCAGCGCCGGAAGGUACCGAGGGAUACCGAUCUGGAGAGUUUUAUUGCCGUGUGCUCGAGAAAUCAAUUUACGACGAAGGUUUGUCAGAGCUCUGCUAUGAGGCAUGCGAUGGCAAGCCACAGAAGGGAAGUUCCAUUCCAGAGGAUUUGCGAUUCGACGCAGUCUAUUUCUCCGGUUCUUUAACAGUAAUGCCAGAUCCACCUGCUGCGCUCAUAGCAGUGCUGCCUCUCAUGAAGAGCGGUGGCCGCGUUUUCAUUACCCAGACCUUUCAGAAAAAGCAUUCUCCCCUGAUGGCUUUCAUCAAGCCUUUGAUGAAGUACAUUACAACAAUCGACUUUGGACAGUUGACAACUGAGGAAGACCUGGAACGAAUCAUUGCGAGAGCAGAUUGCUUCGAGACUAUUGAGAAUGAACCCAUUUCCAAUUCAAUCAACAACCAUGUGCAGACUGCGAGACUCGUCAUCCUCAAGCCGAAGAAGGCGUGAGUGUGCUCGUGCUCUUCCUGACCAACUUCUCAACAAGAGAAGCCAAAAUAGUUCGAACAUGGGUUGGGCCAACAGGAGCCUGACCAACUCAAUUCUUAUGUCCAGAGCUUGGCAUUG